GUGGGUUGACGUGUGGACGUUAACAAGCCGAUACUUUCGGAGGAUUGGUUUACAAGCCUUCGAACCCGUUUGGCCGCCGAGAGAGGAAGGCGCAAGGCGCAAAACGUAUCGGCGAGGUAGGGUACGUGGUACGGAUACGAUAGCGGGCCAGGUGGCUAGUAUCGGCCCAUUACUCUCGCAAGUCGGCAGCGCAUUUCUCUUUUCGUCCAACUCGACGCGUAUCCGCGACCAAGAGAAUAUGCCACGCGUGUACCCGAAACAUUGAUGAAAAAAAUAGUAAAAAUCUCGCCGCAGAAUUCGUCAGUUCGUCGUGUUCAAUUCGGUUUAAAUUUCGCGACGUGCGCGCCCCCAAAAGUGACACCCUGGUAACAGGUCAACGACUCAUCGACUCAUCGACUCGACAAAUUCAUCCUACGAAGGGAUCGACUUCCCCUCUACCUUCGCGUAUCGCGCAUCGCGCCCCCUAGACUGUUUUCUUAUCACUAUCAACCCCCCACCCCUUGAACGUGACUCAUACUCGAACCCUUCGUGCGCGUAAAUGCGAUUUCGAGAUAACGAAUCCACAUAUCAACGUUGUUUUGGUUGCUGAGAAAUAAUUUUUCCAAAGUAAUAUUAUCAACGGCUGUCGGAUUUUUCAAAUUUAUUUCCCGCCAGAUUGCCAGGCCCCGAGGAUUGGGCAAUAUUUUGGAGCUGAAACGAGUACAGAACCUAAUGCCAGACCAAUUCGUACAAUGCAACAGCAAAAAUUAGUCUCAGAUCCGGACUCGUUGAAUACCAAAAUCCCCGACAUCAUGGCCAUGAUCGACACAGACGUAUCUAGCUCAUCCACAUCGAAAUCAUCAAACGCCAGCCAAAUUCUAACAUUUCAAGAAGAACUGCAACGUUCCCUACAAAGUGUCGCCCUCACCAUUCAAACCGCCAUGAUGACAUCUCCUCAGCAAGCUGUCUUGACCCCUGGCUCGCCGGCUUACUUAGCACUCUACCUGCAAGCAGUCGAUUCGUAUUUCGCUCUCCAAAGAUUAACUGUAAACGCUCAACGACAAAAUGAUCACUUGAAGGCGAUCUCUAUGGAUGAUUUUUCGCUCUUGAGUGAUGCGGAUUUAUUGCACUCGCCUCCUUUGGAUAAGAAAUCCAACGAAGAUCUGAGCCCACCGCCGACCUUAUUGAUAUGUAAAUCUAGUACUACGACGACGGCGACACCUCUUUCAUCUUCGUCGAUUGGGUUGGGAUCGAAUGGGAAUGCUGAAAGUGCGACUAUUGUACAGGCGACAUCUUCAUCCAACGUUAGACCUAAGAAACAAUUCAUUUGUAAAUUCUGCAAUCGACAAUUCACCAAAUCGUACAAUUUACUUAUUCACGAAAGAACUCAUACCGAUGAACGACCUUACUCUUGUGAUAUUUGUGGAAAAGCGUUCAGACGACAGGAUCAUCUUAGAGAUCAUAGAUACAUCCACUCGAAAGAGAAACCCUUCAAAUGCACCGAAUGCGGCAAAGGAUUCUGCCAAUCGCGUACUCUGGCCGUGCACAAAAUCCUCCACUUGGAAGAAUCACCCCAUAAAUGUCCCGUCUGCAGUCGAAGCUUCAACCAGAGAUCGAAUCUGAAAACUCAUCUGCUCACUCACACAGACAUCAAACCUUACAACUGUUCUUCGUGUGGCAAAGUCUUCAGACGGAAUUGCGAUCUACGUAGGCAUAGUUUGACUCAUAAUCUGAACACGUCUUCGUCGAGUUCAGCGGCGCCUUCUGCGACGACCACCAUAGCUAAUAACGUAACCGAUAUAUCGGCCGAUAAAAUGGAUAUAAAUUCCAAUUCUACGACGUUGCUGGACGCAGCAUCUUCAUCGCCGGCUACGAUCCAGUACUAAAAUCGUUUGUUUUUUUAGAGAAGGAGAGAUAAACCAGACGUGACGUCAUCGUGUAUGGAAAUUUUGAAAUAAAAACGAAUCAACUUCUCGCGAGUGAUCUCAAAAAAUCGUAUAUUUUGAAUUAUUGAAUUUUUUUGAACUAUGUUUAUGAAGUUAUUACUUAUUGUGUACGUAUAGAUGAUGUUAAUAUGUCUAUAGGCCCUUUUUCCAUGUCCUUCCUCACUCAGUGUACCCAGUACCUAGACCUAUACCCGUAAACUAUUUAUUUUUAAUGUAUUAUCAUUGUGUGUACACGCGUGUAAAUAUUUUAUUAAACUUUUUUCCUCUUUUAUACACAAA